UUUAGAAUAAUUUUAUUUUAACAGUCCUUAGAAGAUGUCUUGACACAAUUUUACCUUGCCAUGGGGUGAGGAAUUUGAGAAAGAGAGGGUAAACCCUCUCAUAAAGCAGUCCACAAAGAGAAGAAAUAAUAUUAGCUUUUAAAGCAGAAGGAAAAACUCAAUAGAAAACAUUGAGGAAGAGAAGAAUGCUAUUAUCAUCACUUCUGUUGAAGCAAAACUGUAAAAAUUUCAAAUUUCAGCUGUUUCGUAGAUUUAAGAAUGGCAACAUCACUAUGAAGGUCCUCCAAAGUGGAAAAUUUUGCAAUAACACCCUUCUCUACUUUCCAAUCCUCGAGUUAUCCUUGGAAGCUUCUAUUUCCGACCUCAUAAACUAUCAAUCAGUUUUUGUCAUUCCGGAGUAGAAGGGGGCCGCUGCCGAAAAAACUAUGCAGGACCAAAGAAGAUUUGAAUGAGUAUAAAUCUGAAGGAGAAUCGAUUUUGGGUUAAGCUUUGAAGAAGCCCCUGAACAAGAAAAUUCCUAGGCUCCCAAUGGCUAGUGUUGUUAAAAUUAGAGGAACUUUAAUGGGCUCAGCAUCACACAUCAUGCCUUUUCCUUGUGCUUUUCCUUUUCCUUGUGCUUUUCCUUGGUUACGUCCCUCUCCGAGGUUCUUGUGAAGAAGAUUGCUGAGGUUGUGUAACUGAUGCAUGAGUUGCCGUUGUCCACGUGCAAUACUUGAUAUCUGAUACAAUAUAGAACAUGCACGGAU